CUGAAUGCGUGAAUGCGCAUUCAAGCGAAGCAAACGACAACUUCUUAACGCUGCAUUCGAUAUUAUGUUUGCAAUAGACUGUACGUCUCCAUUUUGGUCAUCUAUAAUUUGAAUUUGUGCUUUAUGACUUUGGCUUGUGAAAUGAGACGAUUUAGCGCCUGACCAUGACAAGGUUGGUUACACCACAGUUGGGUUCGAUGUGUUCUUUUUUACUAUGUGGAACUAUUUGAAGGAAAUUUUUCUCAAGUCAAUUUCGGCGUCCACCUGCUAUGUGAAAUUUGUUCCACGAGAGAAAGACAGAAUCCAUUUCAAUCUACUGCAGUAUUGCGAUUUCUCCGCGUAACUGACGUACUGCGUCAAUCAUCUACUUGGCCAGAUGUCGUCUUACCUGUUACUGUGCAAUAGGUUUCUCAACCUGGUUAUCAUUUUAACUCUCCUCACACCAGCGACUGUUAACUACUAUCGAGCAACUUGGCAUAUGUUAGACUUAUUCGUUUUUCCAAAUGACAAACUUCUCAGUGCAUCCUUCAUUUUUACAGUGAGCUUUGGAACGUUAUUCUUACUCAUGCUGGUGGAAGAUUAUAUUAAGGAGUCUUUAAAUGCGAGAAGAGCGAAGGCAGUGUGGUAUCGUGCCCUGUUUUUUCCUCUGGCGUUUUUAACUGUUGCAGCUUGGAAAGGUCUAUGGAUACUCUUAGAUCUAAUCACCACGCCAUCUAUUCCGAGUGCCUGUGUUUCGCACAUAAUAGGGCUUUUAGUUCUUGUAUGUACAAGAACUACCUCUUCCAUUGUUGCCAUGCCGGGGUAUUGUUUAAAUGAAAGACACGCUAACCUACCCGAGAGUAUUCUUCAAGGAAAGCAUUGCGUAAGGAACAAGUCAAAAACGGUGUGCGGCGAAACCGCCGCAAGGAUCUUCAAUAGUUUCGUUACUGUGUUUAUCAUCGGAGGUGCAGUGGUGAACUAUUGGCGAGGAACUUGGCUUAUCAUUUUGACCAUAAUACAAUAUCCUGACAACGAUCUGAUCCUAUCUUCAAUUUUACUGAUUAUCGUGGGAUACAGUAUAUGGAUUGUGUGUUAUGUCCUCACAGAGUUCCUAUCAACGAUCCCAAUGAAUCCGCCUUAUUCUAUAUUAAGCCAUGCCUUGGAGCAGAUCUUUGUGUACAUAUUGGCAUUUGGAGUGGUGUCCUCUUGGGCAGGCAUUUGGCUCCUUAUGGAUGCUUGUCUUCCAUCAGAUCGCCCAGUAGCUAGUGCACUGAUCGGCCAUUUUGUAUCAAUCGCUGUCCUUUACGUUUUACAAGCUUGCAUUAAUUUAAUUGGCUCGCCCACUGGGUGUACAGUUCACAGCAGUGAAAAGCUCGACGGCUUUGAUAUGGGAGGUUAUCUCGAAAAGCCUCAUGGUACAGAACAUGAAAAACAGCCGGAAAACUCGGUAAUAAAAGAAGGGAAUGAACCAAGAAACUACGAAAGCUUGACCCUGAGUUGAUCCGUAAUUGCGAAUCCACUGAGCUCAAUAAUGCUCGUGAUGCAAAACGUGGGAAGCAGUACUUGGUGGCCCCGCACGUGCAAUGCUCGUGGAGUUUUCACUAUUGGAAUAUGCAUGGAAAUGUUGUCAAAUAAAUAGACUUUUUUGUCUCA